AUGUUUCGCUUUACAACUACUGAACGAAAUCGACAAGUGCUAAAUUAUUUGGAUUUCCAAUACACUGUAAAGCGAAUCAAUAAAACUUCUGUAGAGUGGAGAUGUAGAAAUAGAAGUUGUUCAAGUACUGUAUCUCUAUCACUUGAUAAUUCGAGUGUUCUUCGUGAACCAGGUGCUCAUAGCGAAUCCUGCAAAGCAGUUCAACCAAGUAAAAUUAUCGUUGAACAAACCGUUGAAAUUAUGAAGAGAAGAGCACGAGCAGAAACAACAUCUAUUUCUAAAAUCUACAGUGAAGAAAUAGUGGCCGCAAGAAUGCGAAAUCCAGGUGUACCAACAGGUUUCUAUUUUCCUUCUCUAACUUCAAUUGAUUCAACUUUAUAUGAUCACCGUUCACAAAAUUAUCCAGCAUUGCCAAAGGCCUUGGGUGAUUUAACUUUAUUAGGGGAAUGGUGCUUAACAAAACAUGGCGAACAAUUUGUUUUAAUUGACGAGUUUUUUGAUGAUAAAGAACGAAUCUUAAUGUUCGGCUCAUUAUGGAGUAUCACAUUUUUAUCAUAUUGCUCAAGGUGGCAUGCUGAUGGUACUUUUCUAACCCGUCCUUUGUUGUUUGCUCAAAUCUACAUUAUCUUUGGGUACUUUGAUGGUUUUCUUAUACCCUGUAUUUAUUGUUUAACUUCGAAUCAAAAACAAAUUACAUACGAAAAAAUAUUUAAUCAUCUUAUACGUAUUGGUUUAUCUCGUCUGAAUAUUAGAUAUUCUCCAGAAGCCCUAACUUGCGAUUUCGAGUUAGGCAGUAUUAAUGCUGCUUGUCAAUUAUUUCCAAAUAUUGAUAUUACUGCUUGCUUCUUUCAUUAUGCUCAAGGUCUUUGGAGAAAAAUACAAGACUUAAAACUCAAUAAACUUAUAUCUGGAUCAAAGAAGAAUAAUCAUUUUUCAGAAGAAGAAAAACAAAAAGCAAAAAACUGGUUCUCAGGUGCUGUUGGUCUAGCAUUAAUUCCACCAUCAUUCGUCGAAUCUGUUUGGACAGAUAUAAUGGACAUUUACACGCCUGAAUCUCCAUCAGCUGAAGAAUUCAACGACUACAUGGUGGACAAUUAUGUUUGUCGAGCUUCGUCUCGAUACUCAAUUGAUAUCUGGAAUGUGUAUCAUAAUAUUCGGGACAAACUUCCACGCACCAAUAAUGCUGCCGAAGGAUAUAACUAUCGUAUGUCGACAAUAUUUCCUCCUCAUCCCCACAUCUAUGAAUUUAUUCGUCGUUUAAAAGACGAACAUGAGUUCCAACACCACAAAUCUGAAGAAGCACAGGUCAAGGUGAAAAAAAGAAAAAAUUUAUAUGAAAAAAUUGACAAUGAACUUCUUAAAUUAAUCGAACAAUUUGAAAAAGGAGAAUUAUCACCAAUUCAAUUAGCAAUUAAAUCAGGAAAAACAGUAAAGAUCAAAAAGGGUAAAAAGUAA